GCAGCAGUUCCGUUGUGCACGUAGAUGUUCGAGAGGGAGUGGCUGAAAAAUAACUCUUUUUGAGGUACUGCCCUCACCAGUACAUCUGGGAUAUAAAUGAGAUCAUGCACAUCUUUAAUUCACUGAUUGAAUCUUAGCUCCUGAGGUACAAGCACAGAGAGGGGCAACGGAUCAUAGAACCAAAGGGUCUAAACGAGAGCUGGAAUCUGGAAGUUAAUCAGAGAAUGCUCAGACUGAUCACAGAUCAUCGUAAAACAGACUUUCAAAUCCUGCGUCACAUGAUGGAAGAUAAGAGCCUCUUCCUCGCUUUAUUUCUCUGCUGCAUUUUGCUUUCAACUACCUAUUCGCACUUGGCCUUUGAGGAGCACAGAGACACCAAUCUGGCAACCAGCAACAGAAUGAAACUCCCAGAUCUUCCACCCAUCUCUAUCGUAGAAUUAACCAAAACAUCCAGGAAAGUAAGCAGGAAAGAGGCAGAGAAGAAGAAAGCAUCCAAGAGAAAGACCCAGAGAAGAAAGUCCCGCAAGCCCAGGCCCACACACCCAGGGAAUUGUGUGGCGACUUGGGAAAAUUGCAAGCCACCCUCUCCCCCGUGCUGUGACUUCUGCACCUUCUGCCACUGCCGGCUUUUUCAGACUGUCUGCUACUGCCGAGUAGGAAACCGAAACUGCUAAACUCACGCCAGGAAUGCAGGGCUGGAACUCAGUCAUUAGCUGCUCCAGUGCGGGUUUCAGCCUGUUUGUCUCACGUGUAUUGCAAGCAAAGUCUAGAACCUGCCACUCUGGCUGGCUGGCUUUGUGUUCUCCGGACCUGAAUGAACACGGGGGUUUACCUCAUAGAGCAAACUAUCAUCCACAAGUCAAUCACUAUAGAGAGUGUGAGGGAUGGGGUGGUGGGUGGAGGCUAACGGAUUGACAGAGCAUUUACAACAGAGCCAAAGGGGAGUUCCAAUCCAAGACGAGUUUCUUUUUCUUACACACACAUGACACCUCACUGUAGGCUGUAGGUUUCUAUGCAGACUCGGGCUGAACGCCCUAGGCUUUCAGUAAAAGCAACAAGCAGUCCUGUUGUGGUAACUCAAAGAUUAACAGGUUUUCAGUGUCUACCUAUGGUAUGAAACUGGCUGCAUUAAAACAAGCUUGGUUAACAGAGCAGGGGGCCUAGUACUUAGAAGAUAAGAACGGCCAUACUGGGUCAGACCAAAGGUCCAUUUAGCCACAGUGGCCAAUGCCAGGUGCCCCAGAGGUAAUGAACAGAACAGGGUAUCGUCAAGUGAUCCCCCUCUGCCACUCUUGCCCAGUUUCUGGCAAACAGAGGCUAAGGACACCAGACCUGCCCAUCCUAGGUAAUAGCCAUUGAUGGACCGGUCC